AUGCUGCUGCUGGAUGUUGAGUACCGGGCUGUUGUUAUUCCAUCACUGCCAAAUUUAACUCCACUUUUCAUCACUAUUGACCCAGAAAGGGACACCAAAGAAGCCAUUGCAAACUAUGUGAAAGAAUUUUCUCCCAAACUAGUUGGCUUGACUGGUCCAAAAGAAGAGAUUGCUCAAGUGGCCAGAGCUUACAGAGUGUAUUACAGUCCUGGCCCCAAGGAUGAAGAUGAAGAUUAUAUAGUGGAUCAUACAAUAAUAAUGUACUUGAUUGGACCAAUUGGUGAGUUUUUAGAUUAUUUUGGCCAGUACAAGAAGAAUGCAGAAAUCGCUGGUUCAAUUGCUGCACACACGAGGGAACAGAGGAAGAAGAGUUAG